GAGAUGCUGCCAAGUAAGAGUGAGAGGCUCUGGAGGACUCUGGUUCCUCCACCAGGGACUGAACCCAGUCAAGCGCUGAAGAACACCUUUUACACCUUUGGGAAGAAAGUGCCCAGAGACGACUGGAAGAGAUUCGGCCUCAACCUGAACCUGGAGGACAUUGACAUCCCCAUGGAUCCCCGGCAUUUGGAUGAUUUUUACAACAUGAUGCGCAGGUGGCAGAACAGGGAGGGCUCCAAGGCCUCUGUGAACACCCUGCUGGACACCCUGGACCGCCUCAGCCUUGGUGGGGUGGCAGAGGACAUCUGUAAGACCCUGGUCCAGGAGCGAGGCUUUGAGUACGAAACGAGCUGAAGGAGCAGCUCUGCAGCUAUGAAAUACCCAGAAGAGUCAAAUUGUAGCUGUUUAUAGCUGGCCUGUGCUUCUCUGCUCUUGAAGCCAUCAUGAAUUCAGCUGAGCCAGGAGGAGCUGAUCCUCAUGAGAAGCACAAGCCCCAGGCUCCCCUCUGCUGGAGUUACAGGUUCGAUGUUGGCUCUUCCUCGUGGAAUCCGAGCUGGUUUCUUGAUUUCACUGAGUCAACACCAAGAGGUUCAAAUAACUUCAAUCUGCCUUGGGGCAUCUCUCUUGGAAGCAUUGGUACUACCCAGAUUUCUUUGGGAUCUGUGCAGAGAAGGGUUUUUGGCAUCCCUGUGCUUCUGAACUGCAUCAUCCUUGAUCUUCAGAGGAUUCCUGGCAUCAUGAAAUGGCUUCUGCUUCUAGAACGUCUCUAAGUAAGCUUCAUUCUGCAUGCUUGGUGGUUCUGCAAGCUCAGCUGGGAUCUUGGGCCGCUUUUUGUGACCUGAAUUUUUAGGUUUUGGGGUUUUUUUGUUUUUGUUUACAUGGUUCUGCUUGUUCUUAGAAACCAGUUUAGAACUGCACUUGGAGGGGAUGGGGGGAAUGAUUGAUUUGCACAGUGGACUCUGGGGUUGCCUGGGGAAAGGGACAAUGCAGGGGUCACCCAGCCCAGCCCCUGCCAGGACCAGGGACAUCUUCACCUCCAUGAGGCUGCUCCAAGCCCCAUCCAGCCUGACCUUGAGUCUUUGCCAGGAUGGGGCAGAUUAUCGGGGCAGCCUUUCUGCCAGUGUUAGCUCAUUUUGAAGGAAUUUUUUGUUAAAUUUAAUAUAAUGUGAAUCUCAUUUGCCAUUCCCUGUCCUGGCAGUCCAGGCCCUUGUCCAACUCUCCUGGAGCCCUUUUAGGUACUGGAAGGGGCUUGAAGGUAUGUCACAAUGUCACUCCUGCAAUGACAGUGUCACUCCUGCAAGUCCCAGAGCCUUCUCUUCUCCAGGCUGGACAAUCCCAGCUCUCCCAGCCUGGCUCCAGAGGGGCUCCAGCCCUCCUCUGGAUUUGCUCCAGGACUUCCACAUCCUUGUGGAGGCCCCAGAGCUGAGGAGAAGGGGAGAAUCCCUCCGGUUACCCCGUGGCUGUGGGGUGGCUCUGCUGUCUCUGUGUGCCCCAGGUGAAUGCACUGAGUGUGAGUGUGACCUGAUACCUCCUGCCCAUCCCAGCCUGUGGGCAAAUCCUCAAACACUGCACCUCACACAGAGCUCAGGGACAACCCAGCUGGGAAAACAGCUGGGAAAACCACUGGAUUACUUGAGCUGCCACCCCAGUGCAGCCCAGUCCAUCCCCAGUGUGAUGGGAGGGUGCUAAGCACCCUGCCUGCUGCUCCCAUUCCCCCACCCUCCAACAAGACAAGCAGAACUUUUGUACUUAUUUAUUAGGAACUGUAAACCUUACAUAUGUUAACUUAAAACUUUUAUAAAAAUAUCAUUUUUGUUAUGCAUGGUUGUGUGUUUUUUACAGAGCUCUGGCCCAGCCAGUCUGCUUCUUCAGUUUUAUGUAUUUCUGUUUAUGAAGGGUUUAAUUUAAAAAAAAAAAAAUCCUGA